UGAUCAUAUGAUCAUUGACCAAUGUUGAUCAUAUGACAGAUGCGAUUUUGUAGGGGUGUGUAGAUGUGAAUUGUGUUUCGAUUAGUUAUAUCAGAAAUAAGUGUUUAAUUUUGCUUUAAAAUGGCAAGUCAAACUCAAGGAAUACAACAAUUAUUAGCAGCGGAGAAAAGAGCCGCCGAAAAAGUAGCAGAAGCACGAAAACGUAAAGCUAAACGGCUAAAGCAAGCUAAAGAAGAAGCUCAAGAAGAAAUUGAGAAGUAUCGUAAAGAAAGAGAACGUCAAUUUCGAGAAUUUGAAGCCAAACAUAUGGGAUCUAGAGAAGAUGUGGCAAGUAAGAUCGAUCAAGAUACAAAACGCAGAAUAGAUGAAAUGAAUCGAACUAUAGCAAGCCAAAAAGAACCUGUUAUUCAAGAAAUGUUACAGCUUGUGUAUGAUAUCAAGCCAGAGAUUCACAAGAACUACCGCAUUUAAGCAUUUAUGAAGUACUUCAACUUACUAUUUGUAGAAUUGAUAUAUUCAGAUUGUUUGAAAAUAAUUUAGCAUUCCAUGUAUUAUUGUUGUUAAACAUAAUAAGAAAAAAAUGUAUUAAAUAAAGGUUAGUAGGUGUUUGGAUGUUAGGUCAA